AUCUUCGUUGGUGAAAUAGAAAACCAAUUCGAAGACAAUUAAUCGUUUCCAUUAACGUGCUAAUGCUUCAAUCGCCGUUAAGUUCGUUUUCAAUUAUACUUCUGAUAAAUAAAACAGAUGGGGAUUGAGCGUUAUCUUAAUUUCGCGCAGUUUCAAUUUAUCAAUCCUCCACCGGUGAGCAAUUUCUUUUUGUACCGUCGUCGUGUGUGCACUUAUAAUCCAAGAAUCGGUUUCCUUUCGCUUCUGGUUAAUAUAGUGGAUCGUCGAAAACGCUACGGGAGUGCUUUGAAAUCCCGCAUUGAAACGACGUUUACGGGUUAGAAAGUGUCACGAACGUUAUGGGGUUUCUAAUAAUUCGUCUCCGGUAGUUUUCUCGAUAUUGAUGAUUUAUUAAUUAAUUUAUUUAAUCAUGAUGAACUGUAUUAGUAUCAGUAAAAGUGUCACGACUUAUGAUAUUUACAACGAAUAUGAGGGUGAUUACAUCCGGCACCCUGUCCUCUACGAUUUGUCCCAUAAGUACGGACUCCAAACUGAAAAUCUUUCCGACGCAAUGAAACUGGAAGAGCUUCGAGAGAUUAUCAAACGGGAGAUCCGAAAGGAGUUGAAGAUCAAAGAGGGGGCCGAAAAAUUACGUGAAGUAUCAACAGAUAGAAAAUCCGUAAAUCACGUAAACACAAUUGUUAAAAGAUCAAAUUUAAAGUUGACUGAACUUAAAAAUGAGCUUAGCGAAUUGGAGUCGCAGAUUAUUUUGACCCAGGGCCAAACCACACCGUCAACACCACCUACUAAUGGAGAUUCUCUUGUUCCGCAAUCACCGUUGCACGUGGAGGCGGACGUUAGUCAGGAUCCGAGGCUAAUAACGCUCGAAAAACAACUCAAUAUCGAACUGAAGGUUAAACAAGGGGCUGAAAAUAUCAUUCAAACAAUAAAUGGAGGUCCACAUCGCGACAAGAAAUUAUUGGCUGAAGCUCAACAAAUGCUUUUGGAUUCAAAAGCAAAAAUAGAGUUUUUAAAGAUGAGAAUUUUAAAAGUAAAGAACGAUAUAAAUAAUAAACAUCAUGGAUCGUUGCAUGAUUUAACCAAUGGGGAUACUGCCGCAUUGGAAUUAGAACCACCUUUGGAGGAGAGAAUAGAAGAUAUCAGACAUAGGCUCAGGAUAGAGAUGGCUGUGGUAGAGGGAGCUAAAAAUGUUAUUAAAUUACUUCCAGGAAAGGAUAAGAGUGAUAAAAAAGCUUUGCAAGAGGCUCAAUCAAGUUUAGAAGCUAGUAGUAAAAAGUUAGACCUUUUAAGAAAGUCUUUAGAACUGAGAAGACAAGAAUUACCACCAGAUUGUCGCAUAGCUCAAAUGCUCAAAAGAGAAUUACAAACUGUUCAACAAGCCAGUCACUUACCAGUGCAAUACACAAGCCUCCAACCGUUUAGAGAAGGAGCAGAAGGCAGUAAGCUCAAUAGUUCUUUAUCAACCGCUGGUAGAAGCGCUUUGGUGACUGGAAUAUUAGAAGUACGCCUGAUGGGUUGCCAAGAUCUUUUAGAAGAUGUUCCUGGACGUUCGAGAAAAGAUAGAGACGUCACAUCAAGUCCGUCUGAUUUAAGAAACUUUAUGAAAGGUGUAACAGGAAGGAGUUCUUCAAAGAGUUAUAGCGUAAAAGAUGAAGUCAGCAAUGAAAUUAUGGCGGUUUUGAAGUUGGAUAACCAGACUGUUGCUCAAACUAGUUGGAAACCAUGCUCACAACAAGCUUGGGAUCAAAGGUUUUCAAUCGAGCUCGAUAAAUCUAGAGAAAUGGAAAUUGGAAUUUAUUGGAGAGAUUGGAGAUCGUUAUGUGCCGUUAAAUUUUUGAAAUUAGAAGAGUUUAUUGAUGAUGUUCGUCACGGAAUGGCCCUACAAUUGGAACCGCAAGGAUUGCUUUUUGCAGAGAUCAAGUUCCUUAACCCAAUGAUUACAAGAAAACCAAAACUAAAACGCCAACGUAAGAUAUUUAAACAAGAAGUGAAGAAUUUCCCAAGAGCCAACCAGAUGAAUAUAAACGUGGCUACAUGGGGAAGGUUGUUAAAAAGGAGUGCUCCAACAACAAUUGAUAUAGUACAAACACCAGAACCAGAGUCUUUUGUAACGCCUGAAGAUAAACCAGAAACUCCUGGAGAAGUUCCUGAUCCCCAAAUGGGUGGUUUGGGUGGUCAGAGACCUCUUGGAAUUGGUCUGCCAGUUUUGCCACCAGAAUUACCUCCAUUGCCACCUACAGUUCCUCCUCAAAUUGUGAAUAAGAAGAAACCACCGCAGACGCCACCACCUCCUUUACCACCAAGGCUUGAUUUAGAUGAAAGUCUUGUACUAAGAGAAUUUGAUUUUUUGAAUGAGGAACGGGAAUUCAUGAGACCCGGACCUCUUAUUCUUAAUUUCCCACCAACUGCACCCGUUCAACCCCAAGAGCUUGGCGUACCACCAACACCAGAGCCUGUUGUAGAAUUUCCUGAUGAUGAGGUUAUCCCAAUUUAUGAUCCUGUAAACGUUCCAAGACGUCCACCACCACGCGAUCCACCAACCGGAUACAGAGAUAGUGCGUACGAAUCGCGUCGUCACUCACAAUACACCGGAAUGUGCAUGGACAAUUUCAAAUUGAUCAGCGUAUUAGGCCGCGGUCAUUUCGGCAAAGUUAUCUUAUCCCAAUAUAGAAACACCAACGAGUAUUUUGCGAUUAAAGCUUUGAAAAAAGGCGAUAUCAUAGCGAGAGACGAGGUCGAAUCCUUACUUUCAGAGAAGCGUAUUUUUGAAGUAGCAAAUUCCAUUCGUCAUCCAUUCCUCGUCAAUCUCUUCGCUUGUUUCCAAACGGAUGCUCACGUUUGCUUCGUCAUGGAGUACGCUGCCGGUGGGGAUUUAAUGAUGCACAUCCAUGCGGAUGUUUUCAGUGAGCCCCGCGCUGUUUUUUACGCCGGAUGCGUAGUUUUGGGAUUACACUUUUUGCAUGAAAAUCACAUUAUUUAUCGAGAUUUAAAACUGGAUAAUUUGUUAUUGGAUACGGAGGGUUUUGUGAAAAUCGCCGAUUUUGGAUUAUGCAAGGAAGGAAUGGGUUUUGGGGAUCGAACUGGAACUUUUUGUGGCACCCCAGAAUUUUUAGCGCCUGAAGUAUUAACUGAAACUUCCUAUACAAGAGCUGUUGAUUGGUGGGGAUUGGGUGUUUUAAUUUUCGAAAUGUUAGUUGGGGAAUCUCCAUUCCCUGGUGAUGAUGAAGAGGAAGUUUUCGAUUCUAUUGUUAAUGAGGAAGUUCGGUAUCCGCGAUUUUUAUCCUUGGAAUCCAUAGCAAUUAUGAGAAGGUUGUUGCGUAAAAAUCCUGAAAGAAGAUUGGGCUCAAGUGAAAGAGAUGCAGAAGAUGUUAAAAAACAAGCUUUCUUCCGCAAUAUUAACUGGGAGGAUUUGUUACACAGAAAAGUUAAACCACCAUUUGUACCAACAGUGCGAUGUUUGGAAGAUGUAAGUAAUUUUGAUGAAGAAUUUACUUCUGAAAAACCACAAUUGACGCCGCCUAAAGAGCCAAGACCUUUAACAGAUCAAGAUCAAAAUUUGUUCAAGGAUUUUACGUAUAUGGCAGACUGGUGCUGACAGUAGGAGAAUUACAAGAAAACUACAGUUAUCUUUCAGCCGUAAUUAUAUUAUACCUAUUAUUAUAACUUUCUAUUAUCAAUAUUGAGCAGCAUAAGUGUCUACAUAACAAGCAAACACGCUGAGUUAAUCAGAUUAAUUAUUUUUACAUGUUUUUAUAUUAAUUAAUCACUGUUUUUUUCUCUUCUGGUAAUUAUUAUCAUUAUUAUAAUAAUCGUUAUUUUAAAGGCAGGUGUUGUCUUAAUAUUUAUGUAAAAAAAAUAAAUCGGUUAUUGAUAGAAGUAAGUUUAAAAAACUAAUAAAGUUUACUAAGGUAUCUCGAAGAAUUUCUUUUUAUGUUGUUCAUUAUUAAUUUUUAAACAUUAUUUAAUAACUUGUAUAUAUUUUAUAGGAAAUUAUUUAAUUGUAUUAAAAUAAAUUGGAUAAGAAUGAAAAUUUAAGGAUUUACACUGUGCGGGAAUAAAAAAAGGAGAUUUUGUUGAAAAGUGCCUGGAAUUAGCUCACUUUGCGGAUUCUUUUUUGUAUAUAGUAUAAUGUAAUCGUAUUUUUUGACGCUUUAAAGUAUAUAAUAUAUUAUACACACAGUAUAAUAAACAUAAAAAAAACAUUUUCAUGUAAGUUUUCAUACCAUAAUGUAUUAAAUGAUGAGCUAAGAACAAUAUCUUGUUUUUA